AGACUUUUAUUUUGACAGCUGCCCCCGAGCCCUGGGAUGCCGCCGGCCUCUCGCGGCGCCGCUCGCGCUACAGCCUCGUUGUCGAGUCGGGACACCGUCUGUCUGGUAAUGCGAGAAUGCAGUGCGAGGCUGCAGUAGAGCAGAGAGCCGCCGUACGACGAACGCAGCAGCUCGGCGCCUCAGAGCACUAGGAGCCCGACGAGAUCGUGCGGAGGGGCUUCGCCUGUUCAAACGGCGUCUCUUAGAAGAAAGGAGCGCAGGGGAUGUGAAAAGAUCUGGAAGUAGCGGCGGCAGGAGAGCUUCACAAGAACUCCUGCAGGCCUGGACUUGCCUUGUUUGUGUUGUGCAAUCCUGCUUUCACGGUCGACCUCCAAAAAAUGGAUAAAUAUUAGUCAGCCGUCAUUUGUACUGCAGGCGCCGUCCUGACAGGUCACUUCACUGAAGGAGCGGAACAUCAGUGAGGGCGGGACCCAGUAUGCAGUGGGAUGGAGGAAGACGAGCAGGAUCACUAUGUAUCUCAGCUUAAGGAGGUGUUUGACAGCUGUGACACCACGGGCACCGGCUAUCUGGACAAGGAAGAGCUCAUCGAGUUGUGUCAGAAACUGCACUUGGAGGCACAUUUGUCGUUUCUGCUGAACACCCUUUUGGGUACGGACCACUAUGCCAGGGUGAACUUUGAAGAAUUUAAAGAAGGAUUUGUGGCCGUCCUGUCCCACUCACUGGACAUCAGCACAUCUGAGGAGGAGAGCAGUUACCUGGAGCCAGCCAUUCCCGAAGAGGUGAAGCCCAAGUUUGUGAAGGGAGUGAAGCGCUAUGGCCGAAAGUCUGUCCCCGACGCCUCUGACUUGGACGUGGAGCUGGCGAUGGAGGCCUCGGAGCCUCGGCCGUAUAAAGCAGGCAAGUCGGAGCCCCUCGUGCCAGGAGCCAGGAGAGCGCAGCUGAAGCGGGCGACGUCUCUGGAGAGUGUCGAGAGUCUGAAAUCCGAUGAAGAAACCGUAAGCAAUAAAGAGUCAAAGCAGGAGACGUUUGAAGCUCAAGGUCAGAUGAGAGCCUGGGCCUGUGACGAGUGUAAUGGCGUGCAGCACGACUCCAACUCCCAGGCUGACCUUGUGGGGGAACAGAUUCGAGUCAUCUGGGAAGACCUGUGUGGGGGCGACAGAGGCUACCGCAGCCGGCCAGCGUCCUCCAUGGCUCAUAACACCAUCUGCCUUAAGUACCUGCGCUACGAGGAAGUGGAUGACCUCUUCAAGAAGCUGGAUAAGAACAGAGAUGGCCGAGUGAACUUUCAGGAGUUUCAACAGGAACUAUUCAACCUCAGCCCACUCUCGACCCCUAGAGCCUCGACUCCCUGUAAGCCCAGACCCCAGCGCUCGGGUCAGCAGCCAUUUAAAGAAGCCCCCUGCAGAACUGCGACGCCACCUUUGAGGUCUCCGGUUGUUGGGCUCAAGCUUCUCUCUUUCCUUGACGAUGGCUCUGGCUGUGUGAAUGCGGAGGAGGUUAUGAGCAUUUGGAAUGAAGAGGGAAUCCAGAACAGUAGGACAAUUCUCCAGACGCUGGAAUUCCCUGUGGAUGGCAAGCUGAACCUGGAGGAGCUGACGCUGGCCUUCAACAACGAGCUGCUACUGACGAACAACUCCAUCCACCAGGCCGCUUUUGUCCUCUACAAGAAAGAAGUCCAGUUCCUCCAGGGCCAGUUAGAGCAGAGCUGCAAGGAGCGGGACAAGGUGAAAGGUGACCUGGAUAAAGCUGAAAAGAGGAGUGCCCACCUGGCCAGGGAGGUGGAUGACCGCCAUGCUGCCAUGGAGCAAAUUCAUGAGAAGAAAAUACGUGAACUGGAGCAGGAGUACAGAGAGAAGGCGUCUGCCACGAAAAGCGAGAUGGACAAGGAGCGAGAGCUGCUGAUGCAGCAGGUGACCAGCCAGAGAGCCAAACUGGAGAAGGAGAACGUCUGCCUGCAAAACAGCGACGCCAGCCUGCGAGAGCAGAUCGCCAUGGCAACCAAGGAUAAUGGCAGCUUGCAGGAGGAGAUCGCUGAACUGACGGAAAAGCUGGCACAGGCUGAAAAGAGAGUUUGUCGGCUUCAAAAAGAUUUGGACCACUUGCUGAUAGAGAAGUUUGGCAACCUGGAUCCCCACUCCGUUGAGCUCUUUGACCAGGAGGAGCGUUUUGCCGAAAUAAUAAAGGCAUAUGAAGAACAAUGCAGGGACCUGCGGGACAAGAACGACGAGCUGCAGGUGGAGCUGGAGCAGCUGCGGUCACAGGCGCAGGUCCAGAAGUCUCGCCACUGCUCAGGACACGUGGACGGCGCCCACCAGGAUUGUGCCGACUGCAGGUCUCCCACUGAUGUCGAUGCUUCUGAAAAGGAUCUGGCAAACGUAAGCAUUGAGGCCGAGCUGGCAGUCGAAGUGAUGAAGGACCAGUAUCAGCAGGCAAUUCAGGACCUGAAAAUAGAGCUGGAGACAAAGGUCAAUUUCUAUGAGAGGAACAUUGUACUGUUGAAGAAGAACAUUGAGCGAGAGCGCAAAGACAUAGAGGAGAGCUUUAAGCUGGAAAUUAGUGAGCUCGAGGAGCAGAAGGCCGUCCUGGAGGAGAACAGCGCAGAGCAGCAGAGAGUCGUCACCGUGCUGAAGGAGCAGCUCCAACAGAAGGCGUCACAGGACGUCGGCCUAGAGAAGAGGCUCAUCCGCGAGAGGGCCGACCUCGAGCAGUACUACGCAAAGGAGAUCUCCAGUCUGGCUCAAAGGCUCACCAGGGAGAAGGAGCAGCUGGAGGCCGAGCUCCAUGAGACACAUCAGCAGGAGAUGGAGCAGAUGAGGAAAGAAGCGGAGGACGUGCUGCUGAAAAGCUUAUCGGAGAUGGAAAAGCAGCACACGCUAAAGUACAACAACUUGCUGCAGCAACUCGAGGCUACGGACCACGAACUGCGCAGGCUGUCGGAACAACUGGAAAUCGAGAAGAGCCAGUGGCAGAACAAAGAGAAGGAGCUUCUGGACGAGUGUCGGAAAGAGCAACUGAGGAAAGAGGAAAAGCUAAAUGAGGAACAGGCCCGGAUCUGCCAGAGUUUUGCCCUUGAGAAGAUGAUGAUGGAAGAUCUUCACAAAGUGCAAGUGAUGGAGCUGAGAAGCACGAUCACAGAUCUGGAAAUGCGACUUCAGGAGGGAAGCACCAUGGAAGGGUUUCACAUAAAGGACACCCCUUCUUGUGUUCUGGCCAAAGCUGCUACAGAGAUGGACGUUUUGGGCACCACACCUCUUGCAAGUGAGGCACUGCUGCACGGAGAAGACUUGACCAGCUUGAAGGCUGAACCCGACUCGACUCCGCAGGAUGAGAGUGACUUUUUAAAGAAAUACAAAGAGCAGGUUGAGGUGUCCGAGCAGCUGCAACGUCAACUAAAAGAGAAGGAUGAUGAGGCCCAGAGAUGGUCGGCCGAAGUGCAGGACUUACAUCAACACUUGAUAAGGUGUAGGGAUGAGAUCUUUUUCCUGGAGUCUAAGGUAACAGCUGAACUGGAAGCCAAGAGCGACUCUGACCAAGAAUGCCAGGGGCUCUGGACUCGAUUUAGAUGGCUGGAAGAUAGUAUGACUGUGUCGGAAAAAAGGGAACAAAUCCUGCAGAGCGCAGCGGAGGAGAAAGAGAAAGUGAUAACAAAGCUGAAAGAUGACCUCCGAGAUCAAGAGGGGCACCUUAAGGAAGUGGCCAGGCUGACUGACCUUCAUCAAGAACUAAAGUUGGAGCUCCUUGAAAAGAAAUCCGAAAUCUAUCAGCUGUGCGAGCAGCUGGAGCAACGGGAGCAGCAGAUUGCAGCGCAUGAGUGCCAGAUUGAGCUGGACGUCGCUGAAAAAGUGGAUCUAAAGUCAAAGUUGGAGGAGAUGGAGAAGGUGAUCACGGAGAGCCGAAAGCUGCUAGAAGAACACACAAAUUCCUGCGGCCAUCUUUCAGACCAGCUUCAGGACCAGGAGGAAGAACUGAAGGUGCUGAGGCAGCAGAGCGAAGGUCUGGCACAGCUGGUAGAAUGUCGGGAGCGGGAGGCACAGGAGUCCAUCCACCGAGUCACCAAGUUGGAAGAGGAGAAAAGCAAGCUUACGGAGCAGCUGGUGUUGAUGGAGAAGCAGGUGGCAGACUUGGGGGAAGGCAGACGUGAAGGAGAAAUGCACAGGGUGCAACUUCAGCUACUUAAUGAUGAAAACGUGGCUCUCAAAUCGAAACUGGAAUCUCUUCAGUGUGACAUCCAGAAAUGUGAAGUGGAGACAAACAAGCAAAGGAAGCAAAGUGAACGACUCAAAAGUGAGAAGGACAAGUUGCAGCAGGAGCGAGAGCAGCUCUUCCAAGAGCUCCAGCGGCUGAAGGACUGCGAGGCCGAGCUGUCCAGUCUGAACAUCAAGCACGAAUGGCUCCAAGAGGACAAGAAACGGCUUCUUCAUGAGAUUGAAGAACGGAAGAAAAAGGCAGAGCAAUCGGAAGAAUUCCUGGACAAUGUCAGGAGGCAGGUGGACGAACUCCGCUCUCUGCUGCUGGUUGCCAACCAAGAAAAAGAACUGCUGGCCCAGGAGCUCGCAGCCAGCCAGACCAUGAUAGAGGAUGCCAAGAACACGAUAAAUCAGCUGGAGGUAGACGUACAGAGGAUGCAACACGAGAAGAGGCGAGAGCAGGCAGACGAUCACGAACUCUUUGAGCUCAGGAGACGAUGUGAGGCCCUGUGCUCGGAACUGCAAGCCGCUCGGCAAAAGACCGAGCAGGUGGCUACCAGUGAGAGGGAGCUGCGCCAGGUCGACCAGGAGUGCCAGACCCUGCGGAGACAGCAAAGCACACUGCAGUCAGAGCUGAAGGACACUCGAGAUCAGCUCCAGGAUGCCCUCACUACCCUCUCCCUGGCACGCUGCUCUCACGAACGAGAGUUAGGAGUACUAAAGGAGCGAAUAAGCGAGUCAACGUCCAGAGAGGAGUUGGACAAAGUGCGGACGCAGCUUCUGGAAGAGCAGCAGAAAGUGAAGAGGCUGCAAGAGAGUCUGAGCUGUCAGGCUGAGCAGGCAAAGAUGCAGAUGGCGGGUCAGCAGGAGCAGUAUGAACAGGUCCUCAGGAGAAUGGAGGAAGGCAUGCAAGACGUUGAAUCCAAACUGAAGAACGUGCGUGAGAUACUUCAAGAGAAGGUCGCACAGCUUAAAGAACAGCUGGACAAGAACACCCGGUCAGACCUGCUGCUCAAGGACCUCUACGUGGAGAACUCCCAGCUCAUGAAGGCCUUGCAGGUAACGGAGCAGCGGCAGAAAAGUGCGGAGAAGAAGAAUUUCCAGCUUGAAGAGAAGAUCGCUGCUCUGAACAAACUUUUGUGUAAAAUCACGCCGGUGUCGCUGACCGCAUAGUGCAGGCUGCUUACUGCCUGUAAGUCUUAAUUGGCACCUUCUCCCUUUUUGAGGUACAUAACUAGUGGGACGGGCCCCCAAUGGGGUGACUCCCUUCAGAUUAUAUAGCGCCACCAGCAUAGCUAGAAACUCAUUUUCCUUUGGCCCAGAGGCACUUUGAAACCAGUUAGUGAAAAGCGGACAAGGAGGCAACUGUGAGACGUAACUGGUAAGCACUGGGAGAGUAGAGACAACUGGAGCUACCGAAGUACCCAACACUGUGCCAAUGGGAGACGUAGGCAAAGUUUAUUAGUGUGUUAGCAAACGAUGGGAGGCAUCACAGGCCGCAAUAUGACGAGAGUGGCUC